AUGGCCGCCUUGUGUGGACCACAUGUCAUCCUACUGGUGCUGCCCACCUUCAGAACAUUUGGCCAGCAGCAGUGGUGGGCCAUGGAGGCCCAGCUCAGACUGCUUGAAUCCCCUAUCUGGCAGAGAGCCAUGGUUCUGUUCACCCAGCGAGACAAAGAACGUAGUUUGUUGUAUCUUGGGUCACUUUGUCCUGUGGCUCAACUGAACGCUGUCUGUUCUCUCCAGACGUGCUACAGGUGUAAAGCCAGAAGAAGGUGUACCAAGAAAUUCACAGUACAGAAGUUCCCCAAGAUCUUAGUGCUACACCUGAAACGCUUCUCUGAGGCGCGGAGAACAAGCAAACUGUCCACCUUUGUUAAUUUCCCUAUGAAGGAUCUUGACCUGCGAGAGUUUGCCUCUGACAACAGCACAAACGCAGAGUACAACCUGUAUGCAGUGUCAAACCACUCGGGUACCACCAUGGGUGGUCACUACACAGCCUACUGUCGCAACCCCACCUCGGGAGAAUGGUACACGUUUAAUGACUCCAGGUGAGUUUGAGUAAACACCAGACGGC